CUUAGUAGACGGGGCCAAAAACGUUAACAAAAUCCAGCGGGUAACACGCACACUUUCAUCCUGUAACACACGCAAACACCUAAUCACACAAGGGGCAAAAACAAAAACAGGAAGCCAUGGCCAAAAAGGAGGAGCUCCUCAUGGACGGGCCCAAGCGGAUGAACCUCGAGUUGGCCCUGAUGCUGGAGGACAAGCAGAACCUGCAGUUCCGCAAUCUGAUGGUGGAGCCGAACAACAUCUACAGGUGGACUGGAUUACUGAUGCCCGUAACUCCGCCCUACGACAAGGGUGCCUACAAGAUGGAGAUCGACUUUCCGCUGGACUAUCCAUUCAAGCCACCUCGCAUCCACAUAAACACACGGAUGUAUCAUCUGAAUGUGAACGAGCGGGGUCAGAUAUGUGUGCCCAUCCUGGAGAUCGAGCACUGGAUUCCCACCACGCGAAUUGAUCAGGUGCUGCAGGUCCUGCUGGCCACCAUUAAUGAUCCCCAGCCGGACAACGCCUGGCACGUGGAAAUGGCCGGUGAGUACCGCAAUGAUCCGGUGCGGUUCUUCAAAAUGGCCAAUGCCUGGGUGGAGAAGUACAGUGAACACCGGCCCACCGAAGAUGAACUGGCUAAGUUUGCCCGCAAGCGCAAGAAAAUGAUGUCAAAGGAUUAAAAAAUUGUUAAGUUGUAGAUAAUGCUGUAAAAAGCCACUUUAAUGCCCUGCAGUCUUGAGUGAUGUAAUAUGAUUCAGUGAAAUAUAUGUGUUUUUAAAGCCCCUAGUAAAAUAUAAGUGCCAGAUGAAAAUACAAACAUUUAUUA